AAGGAGCCGCAGAGCCAGCGGGUCGGCACUGUGAGCUUUGGACCGUCAGAACCGGACCCCAGCAGCAGCUUCAUGGCUACAGCCGGUACCACAGGGCAGAGCAGGAGGAAGAAGAACCCGGGCCUGAUGGACCAGUUCUGCAAACUGUUUGGAGGAGAGAAGAAGAAGAGGAGUCGGGGCUCGUUCAGAGGUCACCACGCCACCUCGCCCCAGCAGGCCUCGGCCCGCCGCCGGACCGACCAGAACCCUGUGCUCCAUUUCUUCCGCAGCAUCGUUUCUUCUCCUCCUCCUAAAUCCACGUGGAGAGAAGUCUUGGGUUUGGCCUCAUCGUCUCGUGUGGAGAGCUCAAAGUCUCCGGUCCGAAGACGCAGAGAACAAAGCACCCUGUCCAGAAUCUUCAACCUGGGAGAGUCCAAGUCCCGUCCACCCCCUAAACGCUGGAGCACCAUUUUCUGAGCUCUCCACCGAGGACCAGACCGAGGACCGGACCGAGGACCGGACUGAGGGCCGGACUGAGGACCGGACUGAGGGCCUGACGGGACUCCAGGAUGGACCAGGAGACCCAGACCUGCAUGACUCCCAGCUUGAUGACCCGUUAACUCACUAACAGAAACCGUUUGUCCAACCCUGCAGGUCCUGACAGUCCCUGGUUGGACCUCCUGCUGCCCUGGGUUCAGAACAACCCCCGUCUUAAAACCGAGGCCUCGUUUGACCCCGGGGCAGCAGGAGGAUCAAAGAGAUGAAGUUGUUUUUCUGUCUGAGGUUUGUUUGUCUUCCUGACUUUUAUUUUGAAGUUCUGGUGGACUUCCUGCUCUGAGCAGUUCAUGUCAAAAUAAAAGCUGUUUGUUGUGAAGUUAAUCCUGCAGAACGACCCGAACCGUAAAGUAACCAGAACCCGAGCGGUUCUGCUGUGUUUUGUUGUUUGUGUUUACUGAAGACGUGUUGUUUGGUGGUAAACAGGAAGUGUUUAAGGGGCGGAGCGAGGCGGAGGACGCCAUGUUGGAUCACGAGUUCAUCGUUUUCUUGUUCCUGUAAAUAUUUUUGUCUCGUGUUUGUUUCUGUGUGCGUCGUGUUUCUAACCCGACAAGUCGUCUCUUCAGCAGGAAACAAACAAACAAAUAAA